AUGGCUUCUGUCCAGGGUGAGGGUGGGCAUUUGCGCCCUUCGAAGGGACUUUCAAGAUGGUAUAUAGAUAUGCAGAUCCUCACAGCCACGUCUUCCACCCUUCCAUUGCUCGCCACCCUUCGCCCUGAAGACCAAAAUACUGUGAAUAAAUAUUAUCAUCUUGCUGAUAGGCACAUGUCCCUGGCUUCAUAUUUGCUAAAGUAUUUGUUUAUUCACCGCUCCUGCCGAAUCCCGUGGAAUACGAUCAGCCUCAGCAGAACCCCGGCACCGCACAAAAGGCCAUGUUAUAUACCAUUAGCGCAGGACGAUGGAUAUCAGAAUAGACCCCCUAUUCCGAAGGUUGAAUUCAAUGUCAGCCAUCAGGCCUCUCUUGUUGCAAUUGCAGGCUGUAUUAUGCCUGAUCAAACCAACCAAAACAUUUCUUUCUCUCCGUCGCCUACUGGAAGCCCGUCUGGCCUUCAGGUCGGCAUCGAUAUAACCUGUACUGACGAACGUGAUCGACGCGGAAGCGAUUCGUACCCAAAAAGUGAAGCUGAUCUCUACUCCUUCAUAGACAUAUACGCUGAAGUAUUCUCAGCCCGAGAAAUAGAAAUUAUGAAGUCGAUGCCCAGUCAACCUUAUGGGUUAGAAGAGUCAAUCAAAUAUCGCCUUCGCCUCUUCUAUACCUACUGGGCCCUAAAAGAGGCGUAUAUCAAAAUGACGGGCGAGGCCCUUCUUGCUCCAUGGCUUCGGCAGCUGGAGUUUCUUGGUGUCAUUCCCCCGGAACCGUCAUUCAACGGUGAAACGUCGACAUGGGGCCCACCAGAGACUAGGAUGCAAGUGUUUUUGCACGGAAAGAAAGUAGAAAAUGUGAGAAUUGAAGUUCUUGCCUUUGGAAAGACUUAUCUUAUCGCCACUGCAACAAGAGGGAGCAUUCAACCCAAUUAUAAUUCCGAGUCAUUAGGGCCGGUGACGUGGUGUGACUUUCAAAAUGUUGACAUAGAUACCGAUAUCAGCCCAUGUGCUUCUGGCACGUGCCACUGUUGA